UCAUACAAACUAUUUACAUAUUUACAAGCUCAAACAAACUAUUUACAUAUGAGCUAUAGCAAAACCCUAAUUCAAAGAUCCAGAGAUAAAGAGUGAGGGCUAAGGACAAACAAAUGAUUCACAUAUUUAUAAGAUACGGGAACACCCUAAUUCAGAGAGAAAGAGUGAGUGAGAAGAUCAAACGUGCUCCACACGCCACAUCCACUGACUGCGUGCACACAGCACAAGAGGAGAGGUAGAGGCCCCGGUGCUGGUAUGGCAGAAGAGCUGUGGGCUGAGAUUACUCCAAAUACCCAGAAAUCAAGUCGUUGAUGGGUCCGGACCCGAGGCUGAAAUGGAUUGUGUGCAUGAUGGUGGCUAUACAGUUUUUAGCUUUCUACCUGGUCAAAGACUUGGACUGGAAAUGGGUUUUGUUCUGGACUUAUGCCUUCGGGAGCUGUAUCAACCACUCAAUGACCCUUGCUAUUCACGAGGUCUCCCACAACACGGCCUUUGGAAACAACAAGGCCAUGUGGAACCGCUACUUUGCCAUGUUUGCCAACCUGCCCAUCGGCCUGCCCUACUCUGCCUCCUUCAAACGCUAUCACCUGGACCACCACCGCUACCUGGGAGGAGACGGCGUAGAUGUAGACAUCCCCACUGAGUUCGAAGGCUGGUUCUUCUGCACGCGUUUCCGCAAGUUCGUCUGGAUUAUUUUGCAGCCGUUGUUCUAUGCCAUCCGGCCCCUGUGCAUCAACCCCAAACCCAUCACUCAGCUGGAGCUGACCAACGUGGCCGUACAGCUCAUCUUUGACUUCCUGCUUUACUGGCUGUGGGGGGCCAAGCCCGUGGUCUACAUGCUGGCCGGCUCCAUGUUGGGCAUGGGCUUGCACCCGAUCUCCGGUCACUUCAUAGCUGAGCACUACAUGUUCCUCAAGGGUCACGAGACAUACUCUUACUACGGCUCCCUCAACCUGCUCACCUUCAAUGUGGGCUACCACAACGAGCACCAUGAUUUCCCCAGCAUCCCAGGACGCAGACUGCCCAUGGUGAAGAAAAUAGCAGCAGAGUAUUACGAUGACCUGCCUCAGUACACGUCGUGGGUCAAGGUCCUGUACGACUUCAUCAUGGACGACGCGCUGAGCCCGUACUCUCGAAUCAAGAGGAAGCUGAAGGGAGACGUCAAGCAGGAGUAACUUCCACCGAAAGCUUCUCAGGAACAAAGCAGCAGCGUCCCGGCUCACCCAAUAAACCUAACAGCUUCCUGCAUAUUAAUCCGUUCAGAGGUUGUGUGUGUGGGUUGAGAACACCGUUUGAUGAUUUGGUAACCAGGUCCUUCUGUUAGACUGAAGGUACAAGAGGUUAUUGUUUGUUACCUCGGACUGGUUGCACAAAGACUUCAACAGUUCAACUUGAGAUAGAUGUCUAAUUUGUUGCGUAUUCUGAGCGAAGUCUGGAUGGAUUGUUGUGAUAGUGGGUUCAGACACUCCUGCCCCCCUCAGGAUGAAGUAUGAAUUAUAUUGGUGAUCUCCCGACUUUUUCAAGAUGUAAAUUUGAAGGCAGCUCUUUCAUGGCUGUCAGAAAUUGAGUGCUCUUCACACGUCAGCUCUGCCCCCCCGAGUGGUAAACAUUGAGCCACAUUGUCCUCUGCUUGUCUGCAGCUUAACUCAGUCUUUAUUGGAGUGUUUUAGCUUACAUUAGGCUAGCAAGAUCAAACUAGUUUUAUCUGAAGAUGUCUUUAUGCAACCAGCCCCAGAAACCAUCAGAUAGCUACGACAGCUGAACGUGAGGCCACACAUUGUUGGAGCGCCUCCUCCAGUUUGGAACCUGCCACAGAGAUUAACUGUACACAGCUGAAUGAACAUAGACCUCCCUCCAUUAUGGACUCUACAGGUCAACAUGAAAGCAGCCGUGUGUAUGUGUGUGUGUCAGUCAAAGUUCAAAACUGAGUUAAUCCCCUCAUAUAGAUCCCCCCCAUGCCGUCAUGUGAGUGUGGUCCGGUCUGUUUGAUAUCCCUUGUAUUGAGUUCAUGAGGAGGCUUGUGUUGGUUGCUUUAUGUGUUAUGUACAAGUUAGCGUUUUUUUUUCCCUCCCUCAACCACUCUGCUUUUUAACGUGCACUUUAUUGUACCCCAUUACACAACCUGUUGCCACGCUUCCAUACAAAGUGUGAAAUAAGAGUCGGUUGGAGGUUGUGUGUGAGAUGAAAGUGUAUUCUGAUCAGUGCCUCUGAGCUUAAUUAAUUUAAAUUGUAUGAAUUUGUUCACUUGCUGUCGGCUGUAGCUAGCACUGAGGUCAUGUCCUCUGUGUCUUAUGUUUGAAAUCGGGACAUGAAGCAACCUGGAACAAAAUGAAAUAUGGUUACUGCUAAAUUGGUUGAUUCUACUGUAGCAUUUUUAUAUUCAAUAGUUAACUACCUUAAAGCCAAUGAGUACUAUUUCCCAUUUAGAAUGUUAUUCCUGGCAGUGAAGAGGAGGCUUUGAAAGCCAGGUGCCUCAAACUCAAAUUACUUGGGGGCCAAGGGCUCUCCCCUAGGGUUUCCAAAUAAAUGUAUUGUUUCCCGACAUAACCCGGAGCGUAAUCUGGUCUGGCUUUAUCCAUUUGUCUACAAAAGUUCUGUUGGAUCCUUGACAUUUCUAUUAUUAUAAAUUUAUAAAGACCACACAGUGGAAAAUAAAAACCCUGCUUCUGUAAAACAUGCAAAAUUUCAUUUGCAUGUUAAAUAAA